AUGUUGAGCUUGCAAGUGCUGCUAUCGACUGUUGUAAUAGUUUCAACAAGUGCUAUAAAUAGUAGCGGUAGCAUCAUCAGUAGGCAAGCGUUGGUGGAGUGGCUCUCAGAUUAUUCGGUCCAAUUCGAGCAGUGCCACCGGAUUCGCACGUACAAUGACGAAGUCGCCACGGGCGACCUUUGGCCACCACGAUCGUCCACAGGAGACGCAACCGUGGUCGGCCCACAGCAGUUCGUAUCGUUUCGACUGUGUCCCCAUGACGAGUGCGGUCAGUGCCAGCACGGCUUUGGAGAGUACCUCGUGGACUUGGAAACCUACUUGGAUGUUACGGUGGAGCACUACCAGGGUCUACAGGAAGCCAAAUGCCAGAUUUGUUACGAUUCCUGUCCUCUACCGGUACUGCAAGAGAAACAAGAUCCAGAGCACGACCACUUGGUGGUGGACUGCGAUACCUGUGUUGAUCAAUGCCGUGAGAUUGAAAACAUGGAAGAAAAUGGGUAUAUUGAUGCUACCCAAUUUCUUCAGUGCCAAUUGAUCUUCGAUCCGGAAGACGACGCCCUGGAGCAACUUUAUGCAGGCCCAACCUGUGCCGGUCAAGGAACCCAAAUCAACAUUGCCGUCUUUACCGAUGAGGAGUGCCUCUUUCGGGACUGGUCCAAGAGCCUCAAUGACUACAUCAAGGACAAUGAUGGCUAUGAACUGAGACUGAGUCAUGCCCUGCUCAAGCAAGUAUAUAGUGAUGGGAACUGCAUCCGGUGCAGCCAGACACUUCACGACGACCAGUCCAUGGACUCUGCCGUUACAGUGACACCCGCCUGUGAGGAUCUCUACGACCGUGCCGCCAAAUGCGAGACCCCGCAUGGAAUGAAUCAUGGCAUGCUCACCAACCCAACAAUCUUUAGCAAUCAACUUGAGCAGGAACAGACUGUCUGUGAGUUCCUGAAAGUCAUCCAAGCAGGGGCUUAUGUGGAUGCACCCCUUUCAUGGCUAUCAUCGUCUGAUUCCAACAACAACAUGGAUGCGAGAAGCAACAAUACUGAGCAAGAGCCAACAAAGAAGCAACUGGAUGGUACCGAUGGUCGAUAUUUGGGGGACUACAGUAGGGAUCAUGGUGGUUGGUGGGAGAGUAGUAAUACCCAACAACCGCCGCAUGAGCCGUGGAUGAAUGACUAUGCUCUGCAGUUUCAAGGAUGUCAACACUUUUACCAGUGGAAUCCCCAAGCGUGGGAACAUGAGGAUGUUCGUUUGGCCACGCGACGCCUAGCACACUAUGGAGUGUGCCCUAACAACCGUACCUCCUCCUGUUCCUCUGACAUGAUGUGUGGGCAAUAUACGGUGGAUCUCCAUACAUUUCUGCGGUACUACCAUCCCUAUUAUGCGCAAGACAGCAACAAUGACAAUCAGCAAGUAUCAUCCGUCCCGCCGGCAUUCUUGGAAUGCAUAUGGCUACAUCGAGCUGGUUCAGGAGGAGAAAACCUCUACGUUGGACCCUAUUGCAGCGACGGGGGCUCCAGCGUUCAACUGGGAUUGUUCACGGAUAACUCUUGUACCAUUGUUGCUUCCGAAUUACUCAACAAGGAGAAACUGCCCAAUGAACUCCAAAACUACUCUGAUCUCUUCUUCGGUGGACCAAACCAAUCAAGCCUUGUUGGCAAUGACUGUCUGCCUUGCGUCAGCAACAAUGGUACCAGCAGCAAUGCGGCUGCUGCAGGUGGGACCGUCACGUCAUCAAUCUGCGACAAUUUGUAUCCCUUGUCGGGGAAGUGCGAAGAAAUGAUGACAGUGGCGGAAACGGAGCCCGUGUUUCAACCUGACAACAGCGCCUGCAGCUACAUCGAGUUUACAAAGGAAAUCUUCCUCUCGUUCACGCCCGCAUCCGAGUCGUCUCUCCUGAACCGCACUGCCACCGCGACAACAAAGUCAUUGAUAGCAGGCAAUGAAGCGCUCACGUGGGAAGCAAACAAGACAAUGACAGUCACCAACACGACUGUCAUUGCAGCCUCAGAUUCUUCCACCCUAGCCAGCGACAAAAGCAGUGAUGAAAUCUUGGGACCAAGUCAACCAGCAGAAGUUUCAUCCUCUGACACAAAGCCUCUUUCAGUUCCGUUUGGGUUGCUGUGCCUUGUGCUCUUGACAAAACGCCAAUGA